AUGACCGAAACAGCUGUGGAUCGCAUACGCUAUAAAAAGUUCUGGUCGUCAUUCUCGAAUGUUUGCGAUAAUACGGCAAUGAUGCUGAACAGCAGUGCAGAUGACUUCGAGGAGGAAGAACGAGAAUAUAUUCUCUCGUGUUUGCCAGACCUACACGGCAAAGAUGUCGUCGAUAUCGGUGCUGGCAUAGGUCGUUUCACAACAAUGUUCGCACGUGCGGCUCGUCAUGUGCUGUCAUGUGAUUUUAUGGCGAGUUUCAUGCGUAAAAAUCAGGAACGAAAUGAACACUUCUCUAAUAUCACCUAUCAAGUUAUUGACGCAGUUCACUUGAAACUCAAAUCAAAUAGCGUUGAUUUGGUGUUUACGAACUGGCUGUUGAUGUAUCUGAAUGAUGAGGAGGUGAUCGAGUUUCUCUUGAAUGUUCUCGGAUCAAUUCGACCAAACGGCUUCUUGCAUUUACGCGAAUCUUGCAGUCAACCAUCCACUGCACACGCCAACAGUACAAUGCACACCACAACCGAAACGAACCCAACCAGCUACAGACACGUCUCUGAAUAUAUUCGACUACUAAAAAGUGUUCGAUGUCGACAAUCCGAUGGCAAAGUUUAUCGUUUCGAAGUACAUUGGGCAUGCUCAGUACCAACGUAUAUUAUGCGACAAAACAAUUGGCGUCAAAUUCAUUGGCUGACGCAGAAGGUGCUGUGCGAAGAGGACGUAUCAGACGAAUUCGAUCGAUGCGAUGCGUUGAUGAAUUUCCGAAUAACAACAAAAUUGGAGCAGAUGAAGUGGAAUCAACUUUUAGAGAGCCGAAAUUAUUGCUGGACUGAUAAGGUGUUGAGUUAUGUGCUACAAAAGGAAUCGAUCAAACCCAAAUCAGCGAUAAUGCUUUUUAAUCCACGCCAAAUGGCUUUUCAUGUUCACCUCAACGCAUUCUUGAUAUCUGAGGUUAUAGCUGCUAAAACAUGGGAAAUUAAGGUGUUGGACUGUCAAAUAGUUUGGAGCGUUGAAACGAACGAGUUGUUCUAUCACAUAUCGCUGGCGAAAGUGAAUCAGGUCAAGGAUCCUCGUCUUCGUGUCGCAUGGAAUCGUCAUCUCGAUUCGGCCAUUGAUUACUGGAUGGAUUCCGGAAGUCGUUUUGAUGCAUUCGUCGCCACUGAAUUCUUUGCUCAUCAGUCCAGCAUCGCACCCAACUUUCAACAAACUGUCGAUAAAUUGAACGUAUGCAAUCAUCAAUUUACGCAUGACGAUUAA